GCGAUGGGCGCCCAGCUCCUCUCCAUGCUGCACAAGGGCGAGGGGGCGCAGAACAACAAGUACGAGCAGAGCAGGCAGACGGCUGCGCAGCUGUCCGGCGGCCGCCACGCGGUGCUCACAGGCCACGGCGGCAAGGGCGGGCGGGGCGGCGGCCACGCCAACAGCCACACCAGCAACGGCGCCCGCAACGAGGGCGACCGGGAGGGCAACGACAGCAGCGGCGGCGGCAGUGGUGGCGCCUCCGCGGUCAGCAAGCCCAUCAAGGGCCGAGACCUCCGGCAGGAGUCGUGGGCCCAGCAGGAGGACGACGAGGAGGACCUGCGGGGCCUCCGAAGCGACGAGUUCACCAGCAAGUACUCCACUCCCCUCGACAAAGACCGGAUCACGCCGGAGCAGCGCGCAGAGGCGUACGCCGG